AUGGCCACCAAGAAAGUAAAAGACAAGAAACUGAAGGACAAGCUCGUUGCUCGUCGGUCGCUAGUUUCGUCGCUCGAAACUGUAGAACAUUUCGUGGAAAACUAUGAGGAAGACCGCGAUUUCCCUCAAGUGCCGAUUCAAGCGGACCUUGAAAAGCUUGAUAGUGGUGACGCGCCACUAGUCAAGCAUCUCCAAGAAAGGAGGGAGUUUGAUUCUCGCUAUUGUGCUACGAAGGGUUGGUUGAUGAAUCGACGUGUAGUGGACAUGAAUGAAACGAUCAACCCCCAAGUGAAUAACCCUCCAGUGCCACCGACCUUCCACUUGCGACUGCCGAAAAUAGACUUGCCGAAAUUUGACGGCGACUAUUCACGAUGGCUAAGUUUCCGGGACACAUUCAAAUCGAUGGUUCAUGACGUUCGUGACAUCCCAUUGGUUGCAAAAUUGCAGUUUUUGCUUCAGUCCCUGGAAGGUGAGGCACGCAAGCCGUUUGAAACAGUGGACAUCGAAGCGGCGAAUUAUUCCACUACCUGGGAAGCCCUCCUUAAGCGCUAUGACGAUAGACGCUUUCUGAAGAAGCAGCUGUACCGGACGCUGCACGAUCUCGCACCAGUGCGAAAAGAAUCAGCACAAGAUCUCCACAAUCUAGUCGAUGAUUUUCAACGCCACGUUAAGGCGUUGGCAAAACUGGGGGAAGCCGUGGAGACGUGGGACACCCCGCUUGUCUGUAUGCUUUCCUACAAAAUAGACCCAGCAACCCUCCGAGCUUGGGAAGAGCAUGCAGCAAGCUCAAAUGAUGUUGGAUACGACGCAUGCAUCGAAUUCCUCUACCAACGCGUGCGGAUCUUGCAGACUGUGUCUUCGGAAAUUCAACAUCGUUCACAAAGCGCAUCUACCAAGGUGGCAGGUGCACAACCUUUUUCCAGAAAAUCCUCCAACACUAAGGCGGUUGCCAAUGCCGCAACUACUGCUAGUUCUCGACCGAAUCCACCUUCCUGUAUUGCAUGCGUGGAGAAACAUCUGCUUUUCCAAUGCCCGUCAUUCCAGGGGAUGGCCGUUGGACAACGACGAGAACUUAUCUCCCAGAAGCGACUCUGUUGGAAUUGCUUCAAAUCUUCCCACAUCGCUCGGAACUGUGACUCGAAACACACCUGCCGCCACUGCCACGAGCGGCACCAUUCGUUGCUGCAUCAAGCAGCCAGCCCAAGUAAGCCCACUUCGAACCCCGCAGUUCAACAGUCCAACCAACCUACGAUCCAGCCAGAAAUUUCCGCCGGGUCGGAGAUUCCGGCCGUUGAAGUCAGUAUUCCUGCCCAUCGUACCUCUCCGAGUACCGUGUUCCUCUCCACGGUUGCAGUUUGGAUCAAGGAUCGGUUUGGGAAGCAUCAUUCUGCCCGAGCGUUGAUCGACUCUGGGUCGCAAUCGAAUUUCAUAUCGAAGAAACUCGCACGUCGACUUUGUUUGAAACCGGAGCGCGUUAGUGUUCCCAUCACCGGAAUCGGUGAAGCAACCGUGACAGUAACUCAAUCUGUCGUCUCCACAAUCCUCUCUAAGCAUGGUGAAUUUUCCAGUGCGCUGGAGUUCCUGGUCCUUCCCAAGCCAACCGCAGAACUCCCUUCAUCCAACGUGGAUGUUUCUACGUGGAAGAUUCCUUCGAACGUGCAUCUGGCCGAUCCUACGUUCAACAUUUCGGGGCCCAUCGAUCUGCUAUUAGGAAUCGAACUGGUUCACGAAUACCUAAAAGGUGGCAGAAUAUUCCUUGGCGAAGGCUCACCGGUCUUGUUCGAGACUGUUUUCGGCUGGGCCGUCGUCGGUCGCUGGUACGGCUCAACUGUACCCUGUUCUCCUAUCUGCCACGCUGCCCUCACUCAACGUAACCUGGAAUCCAUCCUAGAAAGGUUCUGGACACUAGAGGCCGUAGAGCCAGGCUCGUUGUUGUCGCCAGAAGAAGCUUCUUGCGAGCAGCUGUAUAAAACCACCACUACACGCAAUUCGUUCGGACGAUACGUUGUUCGCCUGCCUAGGACGGAGGAACCUACUAUCCGGAUCGGCGAAUCACGGAGCAUAGCGGAAAGACGUAUGUUGAGUAUCGAGCGUCGGCUGCAGCGAGACGAAACCACUCGGGCUGCCUACAACGAGUUCAUGGCCGAGUAUUUACGACUCGGCCACAUGCGGAAGAUCGCCGAUCCACCAAACGACUCCAUCGAGCAUUGCUAUUUGCCACAUCAUGCGGUCUUCAAAACCACCAGCACCACGACCAAAACUCGCGUCGUAUUCGAUGCGUCCUGCCGCACAACGUCUGAGCACUCGCUAAACGACACCCUCCUUGUUGAGGCGGUGGUGCAAGAAGACCUCCUGUCGAUUGUGUUGCGCUUUCGGACCAAACCGAUUGCGCUUGUGGCGGACAUAGAAAAGAUGUACCGCCAAAUUGAAGUCCAUCAAGAUGAUCAACCGCUGCAGCGAAUUCUCUGGCGAGAACAGCCAUCGGAUCCCAUCUCCACGUUUGAACUACAGACGGUGACGUACGGGACCUCUUGCGCUCCGUAUCUCGCCACUCGUACCCUCGCUAAGCUCGCCGAAGACGAAGGUGAGACAUACCCGUUGGCCAAGGCCGCAGUUAUCGAAGACUUUUAUGUUGACGAUUUCAUCAGCGGCGCAAAGGAUCUUCGAACUGCUCUGCAAGUACGCCGCCAAACCAGCGACAUGCUGGACUCCGCAGGAUUCCCACUGCGAAAAUGGGCGUCGAAUUCAUCGGAAGUUCUGGCGGAAAUCCCUGAGGCUGAACGUGGAAUUCAACCAUUUUACGACCUCUCCGACAGCCAGUCGGUGACCACUCUCGGGCUGGUUUGGGAGCCUAGUUCCGAUAUUCUACGCUUCAACAUCCGACUUCCACUUCCGGCGGUCGUACUCACCCGGCGAAUCGUCCUCUCGUACAUCGCCCAAAUUUACGACCCGUUGGGCCUGGUGGGCCCUGUCAUUUCCGCUGCCAAGCAAUACAUGCAACGCCUGUGGAAAUUGUCCAGUCCGGAUGGAAAACCGUGCUCGUGGGAUGAACCCCUACCCGAGAAGAUGCAACAUGAGUGGAAGGAAUUCCACACGAAUCUCAGCCUGCUUGGUGAACUUCGAGUACCCCGUUUUGCCUCGGUGGCCGGAAAGGCCUGUUUCCAAUUACACUUCUUCUCGGACGCAUCUGAGAAGGCCUACGGCGCGUGUGUCUACAUGCGCUCCGAAGAUAACCACCAUAAUGUGUACGUCCAACUCCUGGCGGCCAAAUCCAAGGUCGCCCCCUCCAAGACCAAGCACAGCAUCGCCCGACUCGAGCUUUGCGGGGCAACUCUUGCCGUACAACUUUAUCAAAAGGUAAUUGCUUCACUCAAAACAACAGUCGAUGUAUUUUUUUGGGUAGAUGCCACGACGGUGCUCCACUGGCUGAAUUCUCCGCCUUCUCGUUGGAAAACGUUCGUGGGAAACCGCGUAUCCAAAAUACAAGAGGCGACAGUCGGUUUUCCGUGGAAUCACGUUCCGGGUAAGGAGAACCCGGCCGACGACAUCUCGCGUGGACUCUCGCCGACUGAGCUGCUUCAUCAAGAACGCUGGUGGACCGGGCCUGCAUGGCUUAAAUUGAACCAGGAUUUUUGGCCAAAUCAACCGGUGGACGUAGCAUCAUCCGCGGAAGCGCUCCUUGAAGGACGUCAGCAAUGCCUGGUAUCCCUCACACCGCCGAAUGAUCCAUUUUGUGACCUGCUAUUCAACCGCUACUCGUCGUACACCAAGCUCCGCCGGACCGUGGCUUAUAUUCUACGUUACAUACGAGCACUGCGUGUAUCCGCGGCCAGAUCCCACCCCGAAGGUGCAUGUGCAGCAUCUACCACGAUUUCCAGCGAAACGUCAACCUACCUAACGGCUCGCGAUCUGCAAGACGCAGAACUGUCUCUGUGUCGACUAUCUCAGCGUGAAACAUUCCCGAGAGAGCUCAGGGCGCUUCGUGCCAACCAACCGGUUGAAAAAUCGUCAUCCAUGAAAUGGAUCAUGCCCGAAAUCUCCGAUGACGGCCUGAUCAGGGUUGGUGGCCGAAUCCGUCAUUCCAAGGCCCCCGAAGCGAUGAAGCACCCCAUCAUCAUCACCAAGAAGCAUCGUUUGGCCUUUCUGUUAGCCGAUCAUUAUCAUCGAACUCUCCUUCACGCGGGGCCUCAAUUAAUGACAAGCGCCAUCAGAAAUAAGUUCUGGGUGCUCGGUGGAAGAGAUCUGCUACGUCAAGUGUACCAUCAGUGCCAUACCUGCUUCCGUCGGAAGCCCGUUUUGAUUCAACAAGCAACAGCAGACCUACCAAGCACCAGAGUAAUCCCAUCUCGGCCAUUUUCGAUCUCCGGGGUCGAUUACUGCGGCCCAGUGUACCUGCGAGCCGCCCACCGUAGAGCAAGUCCCACCAAAGCAUACAUUGCGGUAUUUGUGUGCUUUUCAACACGAUCUGUACAUUUGGAACUCGUCGGGGACCUCUCCACGGCGGCAUUCCUGGCUGCCCUCAAACGAUUCGUUGCGCGACGUGGCAAGGUUUCCGAAAUCCACUCGGACAAUGCCACCAACUACAAGGGCGCCGCAAAUGAACUCAACCAACUCUACAAGCUGCUGAAGUCCGACAACAGCAGCCGCAGACUCAUCUUUGAUUGGUGCGCCAACUCCGAAAUAACGUGGAAGUUCAUUCCGCCGCGUGCUCCCCACUUUGGUGGGCUGUGGGAGGCGGCGGUAAAAUCCACGAAAACCCAGCUCCUGAAAGAAGUUGGCAAUACAACCGUAUCCUACGAAGAGAUGCUAACACUGCUCGUCCAGGUCGAAAUGUGUUUAAAUUCGCGGCCAAUCACUGAACUCUCCAACGAUCCUUCUGACCUUCAAGCCCUCACGCCGGGCCACUUUUUGGUUGGAACAAAUCUGCAAGCUAUACCUGAACCGGACCUCAAGCAAACUCCAGACAACAGGCUCAACCGUUGGCAGCUGAUGCAGAAGAGACUUCAAGCAAUAUGGAAGCGCUGGAGUACCGAGUAUUUGCAGCAACUUCAGGCUCGCUCAACCAAGGGGAUCAAGCCAUCGAUCAACAUUCAAGCUGGCCGACUAGUCAUCAUAAAGGACGACAACCUGCCUCCAGCUCAGUGGCCUCUGGGCCGCAUCACAAAGGUUCAUCCUGGACCAGACGGAGUUGUGCGUGUGGUCACGCUUAGAACGGGAACCGCCGACAGUAUGACACGUCCCGUUGCAAAGUUGGCCUUUUUGCCGAUGCCAGAUGACAACAGUGAGGCGGAGGGCUCGACUUGA